GUUUUAAAGGCUUUCUUUGACCGUCGCUUGACAAUAUAAUCGCUCAAGUCGACUAAGUCGGUGUCAUUAGGUCCUCCUUUACCAUGCGCCUGGAGCGUCCCGAGUCGGUUGCCGGUUGGCCGCAGAUGGAGCUGGAGAGCAACGAAGGCGAGAAGAUCAAAAUAGAAAGUGGGCAGAAGGUCGAAGUAGGGAGGAAAGCCAAUCCCACCUUGUUUUCCGAUGAUUUAACGAUUUCGAGGACUCAAAUCUCUCUUGAGCUGCGAUCUCCUCCGUCCGGAAGCAAAAAUGAGGGACGCAUAGAUGAAGAAACCGUGGUGUCUUUCCACGUUCUGGGCAGGAAUCCAGUUUGCGUUAUCAGAGGUGAUGGCGGGAAAGGGGGCAGCCCCAGCCCAGCUCCAAGCCCCGCUUUCUUUAGGAAACCAGAAAGUGGGUACCUAAGAAUCGGGGACAAGAUAUCUUUUUCAGUGAAGAAUCCGAAGUUUUUCCUCUUAAAGGGAGGCGUCUACGAGGGGGAAGAAAUGGGAAUAGCAGAAGCCGUCGAGAGGAGGAAAAGGACGACAGAAGAGAGGAAGAAGAGGGAGGGAGAUGAUGAUAUACGAGAUAUGCUUAACGAAGACGAAAAGGAAGCGUCUGGGGAGAAUAAUGAAGAUUUGAAGUUGGAAUCGUUUGAUGCGUCUUCCAUCGAUCCCGUAAAAGAAUUUGGUUUCCUUGUGAUUGGCCAUGAAUUUGAUGGUUACAAGAGUAAGUUAAAGGAUAUUAGAAAGUGGAAUUGGUAUGUGGACGACGCCGGCGACAGCAGCGAGGAUGGUGAGGACUUCGAAGGAGAAGUGUCCAAGAGACGAACAGCUGGUAUGAGGAAGAAGAAGCGAGGAGAUGACAAUGAUGAUGAAGAUUGGGCCGGCGAGAGCAACGACAAAAAGGAGUUGAUUUCAACGCUGCGAAAUGGUAAGCGACCGAGAACGCGAAGUAUAGGCUCCCAGGAUCCUGCUAAAGGAUCGACAUCAAGUGGAAAAAAGAAGCAUUUCGAAUUUGAAAAGAGAUCUGAACAUGAAGAUGAAGGCGAUGAAUCCCUUGGAGGCUUUAUCGUUAACGAUGACGAAUUAGAGGAGGAAGAAGAAGAAAAGGAGGAAGAGGAAGAGGAGGAAGAUUAUGAUGAGGACGAAGAAGAGGAAGACUGACGCGACGGCCGAGCAGUAAGAAUGACGAACUUGAAUUAACAAAAGGAGUUGUCAGGACAAUCGAGUAACUUUGUAUGAGAUUAUGAUCAAUUAACGGAUAAGUAUUAGGAAAGAAAAUGUGCAUGUAGUCUCUAAUUUGUUUUUGCUGCGUUACCAACUCGUUCUUGCUCAUGGUUCCUUGAGUUGAGUUGCACAACUGAGAGGAAAAGAUCUAUCCUAAGUGCCCAUCUAAAGUUUAUCCCACGGA